CAAGUUUAUGUAAAGAUUUGCAGUUUUAUGCUAGAGCACACUGCUCAACCCAAAUUUAUUAAUCAAAUACCCAGCUGUUUAAAUGGGUAAUACAUGAUGUAUAAGCUGAUAUCUGCUGAAAGAAUAAAACAAAUUAAUUUGUUGGCACAAUCGUGACUGUGGUGAUUUCAUGUGAGGUCAACUUGGAGGCAGCAAUGAGCAUGAAUAGAAGUGCAGAAUUAUGAGCACAUUAGGGCACUGACUUUUGGACAUAGGUUUGUACUGAGAUUGGAGGGGGAUUUUACUGGAGUGAAUUGGUCAAGUGAGGACAAUGUCUGAUGUCAACAAGAUCAUUAAAAGAGGGACAGGGAGUGAACAGCUCAUACAACCCCCCCUUCCCCAACCCCCAUGUCCAUAUUAAAAAUGUAAGAAACACUAGGCCACACUCAUGAAAAAUUUAGCACACCAGUGAGUUUGAACAAAUGCCUCUGUGUUCUACCUUGUUACAGAAUGCUAAUACAGGAAUUGCCAUAGGGUAAUUUCACCAAGUAGCUUUCGCUGUUUGUCUUUGUCUGGUGAAAAAUAAGUGAGCCAAAUUUACUAGAGCAGAUAUGCCACUGAAAUGUUUAAUUCCUGGGAUGGAAUAUGAUACUGUACAGUCAAAGUAGUGAACUUUGGCACCAUUUCAAAUGUUCACAGUGAACCAUUUGGUGGCAGAGGAGGUCUGUUCAGGGCACUUUGGCAGCUGGUGGAGGGGGCUGCAGGAACUGGAAGUGCUGAAGCGGGGGCUGGGGCCAUGCUGACUAUAGAGCUCUUUAACCCACCUAUUAGCUACAGGUCACCUUGAAUAGAGAUCAGUGCCAGACACAGAGAGGAAGAUACACACACACAUUCACAGACACGCACACACACAUACACACGCAUGCACGCACAAAUGCGCCACACAACAGAAGAAGGAGAGGUCUAAUGGUGAUGACUCUAGUCUAUCCUUUAUCAUUGCUGGCAAUCUCCUCUGUCAGGCACUCUGCUCUCUGAGGGGCAGUACUAUCAUCUUUUGCAAAGAUAACUUAGCCAUCCACCUGCGCCAACAGGCUGUCCAAGACCACUGACAUGCUUUCAUUAUGCAGGAAACUUUGAAGCAAGGAGUACUUCUUAGUUGGAAAUAAAGAUUGCUGAUUUUCUCUGGAAAAGCACAUAAUGUGGUUCUGUGGUAAAUUUAGUUAAGAGCAUUUUCGCAAGUGUCCGUUCACAUCAAGUGCUAUUGUCGAUUCACAAUAUUAUCACAAAAACAAUAUUUAAAUAACAUGACUAAGGCUAGACUUAAGACCAUUAUUAGUUAGCAGGCAGAUAAGAAGCUUGCAGCACAGGACAAAAAUAGACUGAAGCUACAGUAAGUCGCCACUUCAUGGUCUUCACAGUACCCUUGAGGACUGUAUUUCCCCUACUAUCAACGGUACAGAGCUGUGUCCUUUAUUCAUUUGGCCUGAGAAUGUCAGCAAACAGUGCCUCUGAGUUUUACUGCAGUCACCGAUUUGAAUCUGGUGAAUCCUGAGUCACUUCUUCAUUGAGGAAUGACAGACCUGUUAUUGGAGUAAGGGGCUAGACAGUUCUGUCAACCAUUACGCUUUGAUGGUGUCUGAAGACUCAGGUACAGUACCAGGACAAAGCUGAAUGCCAACAUGAUCCAUAAGGAACAUGAAAAAUUCUGUUACUGAACAGCCGAAGGACCUGGGGAACUCCUUCUCUGCCUGAGUGCCUGCAGAAGAACCUGUCAGAAAUGUUCAGGUUUAAGAUGACAGAGGGGCGGCGAUGUCAGGUCCACCUUCUCGAUGACAGGAAACUGGAGCUGCUGGUGCAGCCCAAACUCAUGGCAAAAGAUCUCCUUGACCUGGUGGCAUCCCACUUCAACCUGAAAGAGAAAGAGUACUUUGGAAUAUCGUACACAGAUGAGACGGGUCACUUCAGCUGGCUGCAGCUGGACCGUCGUGUCCUGGAACAUGAGUUCCCCAAGAAGUCUGGCCCGGUGGUGCUGUACUUCUGUGUCAGGUUUUACAUUGAAAGUAUAUCCUACCUGAAGGACAGUGCAACUAUUGAGUUGUUUUUCCUCAAUGCCAAGUCCUGCAUCUAUAAGGAGCUCAUCGAGGUGGACAGUGAGGUGGUCUUUGAGCUCGCCUCCUACAUACUGCAGGAGGCAAAAGGUGACUUCACAAGUAAUGAAGUCACGAGGGCGGACCUGAAGAAGCUGCCUGCUCUACCCACCCAGGCACUGAAGGAGCAUCCGUCUCUGGCUUACUGUGAGGACCGGGUGAUCGAGCACUACAAGAAGCUCAACGGUCAGUCCAGGGGCCAGGCCAUCGUCAAUUAUAUGAGCAUAGUGGAAUCUCUCCCCACAUAUGGAGUCCAUUACUAUGCUGUAAAGGACAAACAGGGUAUUCCGUGGUGGCUGGGACUGAGCUACAAAGGCAUCUUUCAGUACGAUCACCAGGACAAGGUGAAGCCCAGAAAGGUGUUCCAAUGGAGGCAGCUGGAGAACCUGUACUUCAGAGAGAAGAAGUUUUCUGUGGAAGUUCAUGACCCUCGCAGCAGGGCGUCGGUGACCCGAAGGACGUUUGGCCACAGUGGCAUCGCGGUGCACACCUGGUAUGCCUGCCCCGCCCUGAUAAAGUCCAUCUGGGCCAUGGCCAUCAGCCAGCACCAGUUCUACCUGGACAGAAAACAGAGCAAGUCAAAAAUCCAUGCGGCACGAAGCCUGAGUGAGAUCGCGAUUGACCUGACGGAGACUGGAACACUGAAGACUUCCAAACUGGCCAACAUGGGCAGCAAGGGAAAGAUUAUCAGCGGGAGUAGUGGGAGUCUUCUGUCAUCAGGUUCCCAGGAGUCGGAUAGCUCCCAGACCGCCAAGAAGGACAUGCUAGCUGCCCUCAAGGCCAGGCAAGAAGCCCUGGAGGAGACACUGCGGCAGCGACUGGAGGAGCUCAAGAACAUCUGCAUCCGAGAGGCAGAACUGACUGGUAAGCUGCCCAAGGAGUACCCCCUGGACCCGGGCGAGGAGCCUCCGACUGUCCGCCGCAAGAUUGGCACAGCGUUCAAGCUGGAUGAACAGAAGAUACUGCCAAAGGGAGAGGAGGAGGAGCUGGAGAGGCUGGAGCGGGAGUUCGCCAUCCAGUCGCAGAUCACCGAGGCGGCGCGGCGGCUGGCCAGCGACCCCCACGUCACCAGCAAGAAGCUGAAGAAGCAGCGGAAGACCUCCUACCUGAACGCCCUCAAGAAGCUGCAGGACAUCGAGAACGCCAUCAACGAGCACCGUGUCCGCUCGGGCAAGAAGCCCACGCAGCGGGCAUCACUCAUUAUAGAGGAGGCGAAUCUCGGCUCUGAAGACAGCUCCCUGUCAGACGCUCUGGUCCUCGACGACGAUGAUUCUCAGGGGACGGUCACCUUCUCGCCCGCCGCCUCCCCCCACAGGGGCCUGCCGCCCCGUCCCCCCUCCCACGGCCGGCCCCCGCCCCCACAGUCCCUGGAGGGGCUCCGCCACCUGCACUACCAGCGCAGCGACUACGACAAGUCCCCCAUCAAGCCCAAGAAGUGGAGCGAGUCCUCGCUGGACGAGCCCUACGAGCGCGUCAAGAAGCGCUCCUCCCACGGUCACUCCAGCAGCCACAGGAGGUUCCCCAGCACGGGGAGCUGCUCGGAGGCCGGAGGGAGCUCCUCCCUGCAGAGCAGCCCGGUCAGGACCCUCCCCCACUGGAGCUCGCAGUCCAGCAUGCCCUCCACCCCUGACCUGAGGACUCGCGCCACGCACUACGUCCACUCCACCAGGUCUGUGGACCUGAGCCCCACGCGGCUGCACAGCCUGGCUCAGCACUUCCGCAACCGGAGCUCCAGCCUGGAGUCGCAGGGCAAGCCGCUGGGCUCGGAGCCCGAGACGGGCAGCCCGGACUUCUGCACGCCGGGCACGCGCAGCAGCAACGGGUCCGACCCGCUGGACGACUGCUCGUCCUGCGCCAGCCACUCCAGCUCCGAGCACUACUACCCCGCCGCCCCCUCCUCCGCCGGCAACCCCAACUACUCCACCCUGGCCGAGGACUCGCCCUCCAAGGCCCGGCAGCGCCAGCGCCAGCGCCACAAGUCCGCCGGCCAGCUGGGCUCCUCCAACUCGGGCAGCAUGCCCAACCUGGCGGCCAAGAACGGCGUGGGCGGCGGGGGCGGGCACCACGGGGUCUACCUGCACAGCCAGAGCCAGCCGUCCUCGCAGUACCGCAUCAAGGAGUACCCGCUGUACGUGGACGGCAGCGCCGCCCCGGUGGUGGUGCGCAGCCUGGAGAGCGACCAGGAGGGCCACUACAGCGUCAAGGCCCAGUUCAAGACCUCCAACUCCUACACGGCCGGCGGCAUGUACCGCGAGGCCUGGCACGGGGCCGAGGAGGGGGGCGAGGGCGGCGGCGGGGGUGGGGGGAGCGGGGGGCGCCUGACCCCGUCCCGCUCACAGAUCGUACGGACUCCCUCCUUGGGCCGGGAGGGCGGGGGCGGGGGCGGGGUGAGCAGGACGGCGGUUUCGGACGAGCUCAGGUGCUGGUACCAGCGCUCCUCCGGGUCGCUGAAGGAGCACGGCAGGAGGGAGCAGGGCGGGUCCGGCGUUUCGGACGGCGGCUCGCAGUACGGGACGCUGCAGAGCGCCGCGGGACACGGGCGCGUCAGGAAGGCCAAGGCCGCCUCAGCCGCUUCGCCUCAGAGCCAGCGGAGCGCGACCCCGUCCAGCGAGCUGGCCGCCACGCCCCCCUGCAGCCCCCAGCACAUCCUCAGCUGGCAGAGCGGCUCAUACAACGACAAAUGUUUCUUGGACAGUCCUCUGUACUCGGAAUUGGCAGACGUCCAGUGGUAUGGACGAGAGAAGGCCAAGCCGGGGACACUGGUCUGACCCCCCCCACCACUGUCGCCCCACCUCCACCCCUCACACGAGCAUCCUCCGGGCUUGUGAGUCUGUGGGCGGAACUUCCCCCAGACCAGCCCUCCUCUGGAAGCACCCCCCCCCUUAUCACACCCAUGCCCAGCGCUGGGCCGUGGGCUCGACCCUUCCCCCUCCCCUCAUACAGCAGGGGACUCUGGGACCCUUUGCCCCAUAGGACUGGACAGCACCGUGAGCCAGGCCCCAGACCUAGUGGCGGGCACCAAGUCCCCCCAACAAGCCCACAGCAACCGCUGUAUGCACAAACCGGAACCUUCCAACCACUGUGGGAGUUUGUGACACAAAGCCACAAGUCUGAUCGCUCAGACAUAAUCCAUCUCCAGCGCAAUACUGAUAUCUCCAUACUGCAGAGUGAGCCUAUCGUCUAGCUCAACCAGGAUUAACCUCUCUCUUUUUUUGACAAUGACAGCACACUCUUUCAUCAUUCCGGAAACUCCUCAGCCCGAACCAGAGGAUCUGGAAAAAAUAUGGGUUGAAAUGGAGGUUCUUGUAACAGACCAAUACAUGAUUUUUAAUUUUUUUUAGUUUUUAGUUUUGUUUCCUUAAAAAAAUAGCUGCAAAGACAGAUUUUUGCCAUCUCUUGAAAAUCUCAAACUAUUUUUAAGGAGGAGUUUUCCUCUUGGAUGUUGUGUGAGCGUCCCCCUGUUGGAGUAUCCCCACAUAAGUCUUUGUCCGCCACAGUGCAUCUCCUGAGCCCCUCCCACUACCAAAGAUCCACUCUCCUAAAAGAACGCAGGAUUUGAUGGAGGUUGACCCUGACCAAUCCUUUUAAGCAGCACCAGCUUUUAAACAGCACAGUGUCCAGCAUGGUCCAGACACCCCCCCCCCCCUCCCCUCCAGUGCUGGAUUCCCUAGCCGUAACGGUAAUGUUUCUGCCGGAACUGAUCUGUUUGACUUUGCGUGACUGCCUUCCUGGCACUGCACGGUGAAUCCCUCCCCCACUGAAACCGCACAAAACUGAGGAACAGCGUCAAUGUACGUUUGCGUCUCCAGCUCUCUUGGGAUCGCUGGAACUGUCGCUUCAUUUAAAUGUUUCGGUGUCACUCAAACCCUUUCUACAUGCCUUUCCUGUCACGUGACCCCACACAUAUAAUUUGGUAAGAUGAGACUGCAUUUUUUUUAAAGAGUUUCUGGUAUUUGUCUACAGCCAGGAGAGAUUUGGCCAAUCAGAUCUCAGAACCUCAGAUCUCAGCGUUUGCACAGUGGUCCAGAUGCCAAUGUAGUGACUAAUUAGAUUGUUUAGAGUCCAGUGUUAGCGGGUGAUUAGCGGUGAGAGGUACCCUUAUGAGGAUCCUUGUCUCAGGGUGUCAUAAGUGCCCAAGUUCUCACUCCGGAUCAACAGAAGUGCCAGUCCACUAUGGUGCUCUAUCACCUGUGUGGCCUGUAAACAGCCAUGCAGCAGAAAGUCAAUGAGCCAACAGUGCUAACCGCCUAUAAGUACUCAGUAUGCAGGUAGACACGAGGUCGCGUUUUCUCCACCUGUGUCCUACCAAUCACAGCGCCACAUUUUUGAGCUGCAGCCUCAUUGUGCAGUGGCCAGCAAUCAAGUACAGCUUGUGUCCGUAUUUUACCAGUGGUUUAUUGGCCUGGUUUAUUGGUCACCGCAACUGCAACAUAACCUGCAAUGUAGCCACAACCUGAAAAGGUUGUUGAAGCAUUCUCUGAUCGAAGCCCUUGGGAAUAUGAACGGAGGUGCACUGAAUACAAGGCAUGCUAUUGCAACAAUUAGGUCUUGGUUCAGUAAUGUUAAUAACACGAAAUGCUCAGAUUUGAAAGAAAAUGAAAGACUUAAGAGAUUUUGCAUUAAGACGUAUCGGUAGAAUAAAAUUCUUUAUGCUACUGUGGUCACUUUAACAUCACUUCUGGUUAAAUGAUAUUAACUACAAUUGGGGCAAUAAACCCCACAAAUGCUAGCCUAAUCCAUACCUCUUGUUCAUUCAGUUCAUCAUUGCUAAGGAAGUUUUCAUACAGUAAACCCCAGUGUUCAGUGAUCUCAGAUUGCACUAUGUCUCACUGAAAACAAGGCUGUCUUUUUUUUUUUUUUUUACUGAACAUUGGAAAGACUGUGAUGGACUAUCAGGGUGCUGUCAUUAAGAGAUCAUCAAUGCAUGCUGCUUUACUACGCCUUAUCCAGAUUUCAUCAGCAGAUGUUAUUGCACAAAUAGCAUAUUGUUGUAAGAGAACAGUCUGAGGGUCAACGAUAUUUCACAGUUUAAAAUAUACUACAGUCCAGGGAUUUCCAACUCUGGUCCUGCAAUUUUAUGUCAAACAUUAAUGUUAAAAGUAAUGAAUAUUCCAUAUUCAUUUAAGGACUUUAAUCUGUGAGAUCAGUUCUCAGGCAACAAAUGCUUUUGGUUACAUUUAGUAUUGUUUAUGUCCUAGAUUCUGAAAAUGUGGACAUCUCGUACUGGAAACAAAACAAAUGAAACAAAUAGAAAUGAGCCAAACCCAGACUGUGAAAAUCUGUUUCAGAAAAAAAUUGUGGAACUAAAACACUUGAUUUCAAAAACCUUAAUUAAUCAAGAGAUUGGGUGGAACAAAAAACAACAUGCAUAGGAGUACUCCAGGACCAGGGUUGGCUACCUCUGCUAUAGUCAGCGUUGUGUUCUCUCUCUCCACAUUGAGAAAAUAGCACAUUUUUGUAUCUGGAAAAAUGCACUUCUGCAGAGACAAUGCAUUUGUAUCAUUGUUUUAAAACAAAGCUGAGGGACUUGAUAUAUGGGGUGGGGGUCUGUGAUAUAUUAGAAGUUACUUGGGUUUGAACUGUUGUAAAAUAUAUCUUGCUUCAUUACUUCAGUUGUGGUAAUAUUCCACUGAAAACAGGGUUUUACGCCACCGUGUUGAGCUAUCUGUCAUUACAUUUGGACUUGGUGGAGGUUCUUUAUAGCAUCGGCUAUACAAAACAGGAUAAAAUAGAGAUAUGUGGAAGCCAUACGUCUGACUUUCCUUCCCCCACAUGUACACACUUGCAUUGAAUUUAUAUUUUAGGAACUAAAUGCGUAUUAUAAAGCACACCUUUCUGCCAAUCAAAAUGGUUGACAUUAUAUGAUGUGUGGUGAUGGGGGUUGAGAGUAGUGUUUGGUAGAGAUACAAGAGACUGGAGGGUUAUCCUUCCCUACAGGUCUGUACAGACUACAGGGUUGCUGUAGCAAUACAGAACAUGUAACCAGGAUAAUCUGAGAAUGUGGCAGGCCUCAAAUUUCAGUUAGAAUUCAGAGUUUGAAGCUCAAAGGAAUAUCUCUGAGCAGACUAAAUUAUGGUGAGAGUAUGAAUUGUAAACGUAUCACUGUUCAGUCCCAUUUGUCCACAGAUUCCCAGAUUAUUGUCAAAGUCCUUAACAUGUUAGCCCCUCACACUAUAUUGGUGUGUUACUGACAUUCCAAGUGUAGUAAAUGAAGAGGUCCCAUUCAGUGCCCAAGAAGGACAUUUCCUGUUUCUUCCAAAGCAUGUUACACAGGUACAUUGUGGAUCCUGGAACAAAUCACUGAAAGUGGCUGUCAAUUUUAAACAGUGCCCUUCUUGAGGGAGGACCAUUCUGUCUCCAUAACCCUGUGGUAAUUUAUGAUCAUCAAAUCCAAAACUGUGUCGUACCUUCUACCUACUCACCAUCACAACAUUGCUGUAUUUAUUCAGAAUAAAAGUAACUUUUUAUAUAUAAAGAAGGAUAAACUAACACAUCUGUCAUCAUUUACAGCAGUGGAAGGCAGGCUGUCUUUAAAAAAAAAAAAACCCAUUGACCGUUGUUUUAUUGAUGUCCAGUUAUUUUUUAGGUAAAUCCGUAUUAGAUUUUAGUUCAGGCAUAGUAACAACUCUUUCAGGUGCUACAGAAUGAGGUGUGGAAUUUCUUUUACUGUCAUCAAUAAUCCUAAUAUAAGUUGUGCAAAAUGAAGGACUUUAGUUUUAAACUAAAACUCUCCCUCCAUCUGACAGUACAGCAUGUAUCUGGAUUUUGUUAGGUUCUGUUCGACUGUAACCAAACAAAAGCUAUAUGUUGUAGAAGAAAGAAAAUGUGGAAUUGUAACGAGAAACAAAUUCCGCUGUUAAUUUAUUCUUUUUUUCUAUUAAGAAUUUGUAUAGUAACUUUACAUUUUUUCAAACUGUGUUGUUGGCAACCGAUAAUGAAUUUUUCCAGAUGAGAAAACUUGGUGGUUCUUGAGAUUAUGAAAAUAAAUUAUUGCUGAAUGUUCUCAAAA